AUGGAUACAACCAGCAGGGUCUGCGAGAACGAUAGCGGGUACUUUUGGUACAUUUUGCACUUGGACAACUUCAUUCUACAGCGGCUGCUGCAGUACGUGACUUUUGACCUUAUCAGCAUCGACCCAGACGGUCACGAAAACACCCUCGAUAUCGCUCUCUUUGUCCCUUCCCCCUUCAACACCGACUCCAGCGCCAUUUGGAGCCGGCACCGACGGGAGAAGAAGGAGGAGCGCGUUCAUGUCGCAAGGCUUGAUUCAUCGAGAGGGCCAGGCGAGGAGCUGAUACCCCCAGGGCUGGAGUCCGUUUUCAAUCCCAUGGCACAGAUUGGCCCCGGGAGUGUCUUUGACCGAUCAGAAGGACGAAUGGCGAAAGCGGAUAGCUUGGUGGGUUUCAGUCCGCUCAUGCACAGUUCCCGCCAGAGCAUCUUGAGCAGUGGCGCACACCACGGCAUCGGCACCGUCAGCCCUCUCAGCCCCGAUAGCUCGGGGGGUUGCGCUUCGCGCUAUAGCCCUCCGGAGCUGGAUACUAACCCGAUACGCGGUGGUAUGAUUAACUCAACAAAGCACAACAAACAGGCCAACAUCGGCCCCCAAAUCGUCAGGGGGGAGGAAGCAGAAGCUGUGCCACGGGCAACACUCGGCGCGACCGAGAACGAGCGAGAGACCGGGACUUACGUGAACAGCUGA